AUGGACACCAGCAAAGAGAAAAUACGUCAUAUUUUACAAUUUUUCUUCGAUAAAGACGAAAACGCAAGCCAGGCGGCUGAAAAUGUGAAUAGUGUUUAUAGUCCUGAUACUGUAACAGCCAAUCACGUGCAAUUUUGGUUUCGUCGAUUUCGUUCCGAUAAUUUUCAUAUCAAAGAUGCACCACGCUCUGGAAGGCCAAUUGUCGAAAAUGGUGAUAAAAUAAUGGAAAUCGUUGAGUCCAACCGUCAUGUAAGCACUGUUUCGAUUGUCCAGGAGCUGAACAUUGUACAAAAAACCAUUUGGAACCACUUGAAUAAGGUUGGAUAUAAAAAGAAGCUCAAUGUAUGGGUGCCAUACGAGUUAACGCAAAAAAAUCUCAUGGAUCAAAUUUCCAUUUCUGCGAAUCGCUGCUGA